GAGAAAUACACGGGACAGUCGGGACACGGGAUACAAAUAUCGAACACGUUUAUUUGUGCAAAUUGGUUCUAGCGUCCAAAACGAUCCCUUUGCCGGUUUGAAAACAGAAUUAGUUUUUACUCUUUAACAAAAAAAUGUAAAUAAGUUUUUAUUUCCGACGACUAGACAACUUCUCAACUGUGUUUCGUGUUUCUAAAAACCGCAUGACCACAUUGACCGUGUCCGUGAUUUACAUAAAUAUCUUCAGCAAAGAAUUUCGCUACUACAUAUUAAUUUCAGCUUGAAAGCGUGAGUGUCAUCAGAAUGUCUGAACCCCAGUCUCUGUCGGACGUUCCAUCAGCUGAAAUUUCGGCUGCAAUCUCUGCAGCCCUGUCUGAUCCUCAACAGGAGCCUGAAGUGGCAGAUCCACAACCCGAAAAAGAAAUCGAUGACGAGACAGUAAAAGUUUUACCAAGUAGUGCCCCUGAUGAAAAUGUAGACAAGCAGAAGCAAGAAGAGGAUAAUGACGCUACGCAAAGUGGUACUGUAGAGUCGCUAGAGUCUGAAGAGCUUGAAGAGCUUGAAGAGAAGAAUGACCCUUACUAUUACACCAAUCAGAAUCUCUUCACAUCAGAAAUUUUUAAAAUUGAGAUUCGGAAAUUGCCUAAAUUUUUUGGCUUAGGGGAGAUAAAAAAACUCUUGAAUAUUUUAAAAUUGGAUGCAACCAAAGUGAAGCCCGCAAGUCGCUCAAACUGUCGUUCUGUUUUCGUUGGAUUUACUUGUGAGGCCCACAAGCAAAGAGCACUUUCUGCCUUGAAUGGGUACAUUUGGAAAGGCUCAACUUUGGAGGCUAUUGUUGCCAAGCCUGCCAAAGAUCCACUGAUGUUGAAGAGGAAAAAUGAUGCCGAGCAGACAACGAAGCAAAAAGUGGCAAAGGUAGACAUUGAAGAAAUGACCAUCAAGUGUACGGAAAAGCUGAAAGAUUCAACUACUCCGUAUUGGAGACAAUCGUACGACGAACAGUUGGAUGUAAAAUAUAAGGAAAUCAAGGAAAUUAUGAAAACCUAUGCCAACAGAUUGUUUACCCAGAACCACAAACCAAUGAAAGUCUGGAUUGAUCAACAAUUUGCUAAACAUGAUGGUCUGAUUUGCCCUCUGGAGCCUUUCAGAUCCAGCAAAGUAACCACAGGAUACAGAAACCGGUGUGAAUUCACAAUUGGUCACCAUGCUGUGACUGGGGAACGAGCUGUUGGAUUUCGACUUCGCUCUUAUGCAGAAGGUGAUUGUUCUGUUUUCCCACCCAAUGACAGCCUUCAUAUCAGCGACAUUGCAAAGAAAUGUGCUAAGAUUUUUGAGGCUUUUGUGGCCAGUUCGGAAUUAGAACCAUACGAUCCAGUUGCUCGCAGUGGUCAUUUUAAAUGUCUCGGAGUCCGAAACACAUCUCUUGACCAGCUGAUGAUCAAUUUGGACAUCUGCACAACUGGCCUUAGUGAAGAGCAACUUGCUAAGUUCCGAGAAGAUUACAAAGAGUUUUUUGUCACUGGUGCUGGCAAGGAGCUUGAAGUUGACUCUCUCUACUUAAAAGAAGUGACAGUGCAAACCAAGAAAGGUGACGCUUAUCGUCCCUCAUCUCUGAUAUAUGGAAAGCCAAUAAUUGUGGAAAAAUUGCUUGGUUACGAGUUUGAAAUUUCACCUCAAUCAUUCUUCCAAAUAAACACUCCUAGUGCCGAAAUCCUUUACUCAACCAUUGCCGAACUAGCUGCUCCUAAUGAAAAGAUGACCGUUUUGGAUAUUUGCUGUGGUACAGGCACCAUAGGCAUUACUAUGGCAAAGCAUGCCGGACAGAUCCUGGGUGUUGAAAUAGUAAAGGCUGCUGUGGAAAAUGCAAAGACGAACGCAGUUCGUAACAGCGUUCAGGAUAAGUGUGAUUUCUUCACUGGCUGUGCUAAUGAUUCCCUGCAGCCUAUUGUGGUUAGGGCCAAACAUGACAACAUUGUGGCUAUAAUUGACCCACCUAGACCUGGCGUUGGAAAAAACGUUCUGAACACAAUUAGAGCUACGUGGAAGAUCAAGACCCUGGUAUUUGUCGCUUGCAAUUUUGAAGCAUCUUACCAAAACUUGGUCCAUUUGGGUAAACACCCGUCAAAAGUUACACCUGGCGACCCUUUUGUGCCUGUCCGUGUCAUCCCCAUUGACAUGUUCCCAUUUGCAAAGCAGUACGAAGUUGUUAUUCUCUUGGAGCGAAUUUCCCUUGACACCCUGAGGGACUUGCUUCCUGCUGCUGACAUUGCCCUGGAAGAGGAAAAUGGUAAGAAGACACAUGCUGCUAACAUUCCUCCUGCCCAUGGAGGAAAAAAGGCUGGUGACAAUGCAGACAAAAGCAAGCUGAAGCAAGAAGAGACGCAGGAUGAAAUCGAGGUCGUAUGUGACAUGGCCAAAGACAUUCUACAUGCUGAGUAUGCGGAAACUGCGUCAAGGAUGACAAGGAAGGGGAGGAAGAGAUAUUUGUUUUCACUUAAAAAGAAAGGACUAAUAAAUGAGCAAGAAGAACGUAGAUUGCUGCAAAUUGAGCAACCUCCUGCUCCUGUACCUGCAGAACCACCUCUUCCUAAACUUAAAAAACAAAAGCUGCGUAAAAAUAGGGGACUGAAAGAUCGGCAGCUAUCAAAUUUUGGCCAACCAGGGCCAAGUUUUGGCAGCCAAGGCCAACAUCAACCCAGUUUUGGCCACCAAGGUCAACAGCGGUCCAAUUUUGGGCAUCAGGGUCGUCAGGGAACUAAUUUUGGGAAUCAAGGUCAACAAAGACCUAACUUUGGGCGUCCGUUUCAACAGGGAAUUGAUUUUGGGCAACCUCAGGCAGCUCUUCAAUUCAUGGGGCAGAACACUCAUCCCCUUCUAAACAACCCUCAAAUACCAAUGCAUUUUCAAGAAUUUCAGCAACCACAGAAUCCACAGUUUACAAUGCAGCCAUUCAUGAAUAUGCAACCCCAGCCUCAGGCACCUCGACCACCAUCCUUAAGGCAAGUUGCCACUCAGACGGACUGUAAGGAAUUCAUGUCGAGAGAAGAGUUCGACGAAGCUGAAAAUCUGGGUUUUACGUGGGGCAGCAGAAUUGCUGAUGGGGUUUUGCACGACUUUAAAGCCAUGCAGAGGGAAGAGGAAGAGGCUGUUCAGCGGUUCAAGGAAGGAUUUCUGACGGCCCUGAGGAUCAAGCAAAAGAAGCUGCUUGCUGAAAUUCAAAGGCCAAGUCGUAGCACGGAAAUCUGGGAAGGAAGUAGGGCGCAUUCGUCGUAUGUCGAGAGGUCUCGCAGCCCUCCUGAUGUUUACUCAAGGAGACGCAACAGUCCUCCGAGAGGAGUCACCCCACCCAGACUCUACAGUGAGCAGACAGAAAGUUUGCCGAGGGCCAUUUCGCAAACUACCGUAUCAUCAUACUCCAACAGAGCUAGGCAAGAACCAGAAAAGGAGGUUUCAAGCUAUAAGCCUCAAGGAAACUCUUAUUUUUCAAGCCUGCGCAGACCUGCCGCCUUGGACGUCUACAAUGAUCAGUUGAGAGAGCAGUGGCCCAAGAGCUUGCCAACUCAAACAGCUUCUUCUGCAUCUAUUCCAACCAACGAUUAUCUCGACGAAGGCUACAAGAUCAACGCAUACAAGGCACCAUCUGCGGCUUCCUCAGCUCCGGGUCCCUCGGCUCCAUUAAGAGCACCUCCGGCCCCUCAACUGGGACCAAAAACCAUGCAGGGUGCACCUUAUCAAAAUUACUCUCAAUAUCAAAAUAUGGGAAAUGUUGAGUAUCCUCGUUGGAAGAUUUCUACCCAGCCUGGACCCAGUAAUGCUGAAGCUGGUCGUUCGAUGCACAGUGGCCAAUCCCAGUGGGCUAGGAGAAAUUAAAUCUCUUGGUCUUUUAAUUCAAAAAUUUGAAUUAAUUUCAAUUCAUUGCAUUAAUUUUAUGUAGUAAAUACAUGCGGAACAGGCAAAUAAAGCAACUUCUGCCCUUACUAAGCAAUUAUAAACCAAUAUUUUUUUUUUUAGGCAGCUUCUUUUGUUCAUAAGAAAUUCCUCCUUAUAGUCUCAUAAUUUCAAAGUCCUUAAAACACCUUGAUCUGAGCUAUUAUAAAGAUAAGAAAAAUUUUUAAGAAUUUAAAAGAGCUAAUGUAGCACUUGUGAGUUUUCUCAAUGAACUCGUGCUUGCGUAGCGUUGAGGCAGAAAUGGUUGGAUUAUUGAUUAUUAUAUUUUUGCUGCUAAGACCUGGCUGAUAAUAUUUCAAAAUCAUCUAAAUAUCUUGAUAUUAUAGACCCAGAAAUUUAAGAGAACUAGAAACACAUAAAAAGUUUUAUAAAAUUGUAAUUUUUUUUGUGAAUUCCAUUUCUUUAA